CUUUUAAGAUCAGCUGAAUUCGGUUGCAUUGUCUGAUUCAAACGAAAAUUUAAUUCUAAUUUGGUUGUGUGUUCAGCCAUCAAAUGUAUUUUUAAUUCGCAAUGUUCAUUAAAAGUAUAACCAUCGAUGGUUUCAAAACAUAUGGUAAACGAACAGAAAUCAAUGGAUUAGACCAAUCUUUUAAUGCAAUUACUGGUUUAAAUGGAUCUGGUAAAUCAAAUCUGUUGGAUUCCAUUUGUUUUGUUCUUGGUCUUGCCAAUCCAAGUUUGGCCCGUGUCGCCCAUUUAAGAGAAUUGAUUUACAAAAAUGGUCAAACAGGUCUUACCAAGGCUAGUGUUUCCAUCACUUUUAACAAUUCCAACAAACGACAGUCACCUCCAGGCUACGAAAAUUAUGAUGAAGUUACUAUAAGACGUGAGGUCACAAUGGAAAAUCGAACUAGAUACUUCAUCAAUGGUUUCACUGCUCAAAACAACCAAGUUUUAGAUUUAUUUCAGAGUGUCUCUUUGAAUAUCAGUAAUCCUCAUUUUCUUAUUAUGCAAGGAAGAAUAACGAAGGUUCUUAACAUGAAGCCACAUGAAAUUUUAUCUAUGGUUGAAGAAGCAACUGGUUUAAGUUUGUACGAAUCUAAAAAGAGAACAACUCAAGCGACUUUAGUCAAAAAAGACUUAGCCUUAAACAACAUCGAUAUUUUAAUCAAUGAAACUAUUUUAACCAAAUUGGAUCAAUUAACUAAGGAGCAAUCGAGUCUUUUAGCAUAUCAAAAAGUUUGUAUUGAUUUGGAAAACUUGAAAAAAAUUCAUACAGCUUGGACUUACACAAGCUUGUCUAAUCUUUCGCAACAAACGGAUGCCAGGAUCAAAGAUCAACAAAAAGUGAUUAGUGAUGCAGAAGAAAAGAUCAUUGUCAUCAACGAAUCUGUCAGCAAAAUUCAAGAUCAAAUAAGGCAAAGCCAGAAAGAUUCAGUUUUCCGACCGAAACUUGCAGCUUUAGAGGAGGAACUUAAACAAGUACAGAUGGAAGAAACGAAAGUUAUGAGUGUUAUGAAUCUGAAAAAAGAUAACCUCAAUGAAGUUUUGAAAACAAAAAAUAACUUGGUUAAACAAAUAAAAGAAGAAUCGAAGGUCAAGUCAGCCAAAGAAAAAGAAUUCGACAAGUUGAACCAAGCUUUCAGUGAGUUCGAAGAAGCAAGAAAAAACGAUGAAGUUGCUCUAGAGCAAGCCCAAAAAGAUUUAGAAACAAUUGUUUCUGGUGCUAGUCGAGGAGAUGAUGGAGAAGCAGCUGCCACCCUUGCGGACCAACUCAUGCAAACUAAACGUGAAAUCGCAAAUUUGGAUACAGAGACAGCUAAAGCUAAAAUGAAAGUAAAACAUUGCAAAGAUGAAUUGGUGAAGAAGGAAAGUGAAGCAUCAAAGAAAAAAGGAAACUAUGAAAAUGAUGUGAAAUUAGUUGAACGUAUGGAAAAUGAAGCUGCCAGAUUGAAACGUGAUUUAGAUGCAAUUGGCUUUGAUGAACAAUCAAGUGAAAGUAUGAUGUCUGAAAGAGAAAAUUUACGGAAGGAAUACGAUCAAUUGAGAUAUGAUGUCAAUUCUCUCGAAAACAAACUUCCUCAAAUUCAUUUUAAUUAUCGAAAACCAACUCCAGAUUUUGAUCAUUCUAGAGUUAAAGGUCCUGUUUGCACUCUAUUUAAGGUUAAAGACCCACGAAAUUAUACAGCUCUUGAAGUUGCCGCUAGUGGUCGAUUGUAUAAUAUUAUAGUUGCUGAUGAAGAGACUGCCAAGUUAAUCUUAGAGAAAGGUAGACCCGAAAAACGGUGCACACUUUUACCCUUGGAUAAGAUUCGUGGACGUGAAAUCGAUCCAAGAGUAUUAAAAAAUGCUCAAUCAAUUGUUGGAAGAGACAAUGUUUUUCCGGCAUUGGAUUUGAUUGAAUUUGAUCCAUCAUUGACGGAAGCGAUGAAAUAUGUUUUCGGUGAUACUAUGAUCUGUCCAAAUAUGGAUUGUGCCAAGAAAGUUACCUUUGCUAGAAACGUUGCUACUAGAACUGUCACCCUGGACGGAGAAGUUUUUGAUCCAUCUGGUACUCUUACUGGUGGUGCUAUUGGAGGUAAAGGAGCUGUUCUCUCCAGUAUCGAUCAACUCAUGAAAAGAAAAUCAACCUUUUCUAGAGUAAAGUCAACAUUGAUGGAAAUAGAACGAAAACUUGAUUCUAUGCACGCCUCCAAACAGCAAUAUACUCAAUUGAAACAACAAUAUGAUUUGCGAUCUCAUGAGAUCGAAUUGUUAAAGGAUAGACUUAAAUCAACAAACCAACACCUUCUCUUGGAAGAAAUUGAAAAUUUGAAGCAAACAAUUGCUGAAAAUGAACAAUCUUUACAAGAUAUGGUCGAUAGAAAAAAGACAGCAGAAAAAAAGGUUAAAGAACUUGAAAGUAAAAUGAAAAAUACUGCUUCUAUUCGUGAAAGAGAACUACAAGAAGCUGAAAAGGCAUUGGAAAAGGCGAAAAAGAAUUUCGAAAAGACGAAAAAAGCUGCUUCGGAAAGAGAACAAGCCGUUUCUUUUCUUAAAAUGGAGAUUGACGAAUUGAAGAAGUCUUUGGAUAACUAUGCACAACAAUUAACUGAAGUUGAUUCUAAAAUUGAAGCUCAAAAGGCCGAGGUUGACGAGGCUUCAAAGGCUGUCGAUGAAGCUAAAGAAGUUGUUGAUGGAGUUCAAGAAGAAAUAAAGAAACUCAAACGCCUUAUCAAUGAGCAUAGCUCCGAGAUUGCAAGAUUGACGAAACAAAAAGAAAAUCUUGUUCGUGAAGCUGAAGAAAUGAAAUUAUCCAUUAAAAAGCAUCAACAUGAAAUAUCACAAAUUGAAAAUGAAGGUAAAGAUGCCUCCAAGAGUAUCCAACAACUAUUGAAAAAGUUCACUUGGAUCAAUGAAGAGAAACAUUUGUUUGGUGAAGAAUCUGCUGGUUAUGGAUUCAAAAGAGCUGAUUUCAACCCUGAAGAGCUUGAGGAUCGUAUAAAAAGAUUACAAGAUGAUAAAAAUAAACUGUCCAAAACCGUCAACAUGAGAGCCAACAUUAUGCUCGGUGAUAAAGAAAAGGAAGCUGAAGAAUUGAAUAAGAAACGUCAAAUUAUUGAAAAUGAUAAGAAAAAGCUUUUGGUUUAUAUGGAAGAUGUUGACAAGAAAAAGAAAGAUGCCCUUAAAGACGCAUGGGAAAAGAUAAACAAAGAUUUUGGAAAUAUUUUCACUACUCUUUUACCUGGUGCCAAUGCCAAAUUAAUGCCUCCUGAAGGUAAAACCAUCAUGGAAGGCCUUGAAGUUAAAGUAGCAUUUGGUGAUGUUUGGAAAGAAUCAUUAACUGAACUUAGUGGUGGUCAAAGGUCAUUGGUUGCAUUAUCACUCAUUCUCGCUCUUUUACUGUAUAAUCCCGCACCAAUAUACAUUUUGGACGAAGUUGAUGCAGCUCUUGACCAAAGUCACACAACUAAUAUUGGAACCAUGAUAAAAAAACAUUUCACAAACUCUCAGUUUAUCAUUGUAUCGUUGAAAGAUGACAUGUUUAACAAUGCCAAUGUUCUGUUCAGAACUAAAUUUGUUGAUGGCUGCUCAACGGUUACUCGUUUCGCUAAAGGUGAUCGCUAAUAAUUAUUAACCGGUAACAACCAAGAAUUAAUAGCCAAUUUAUUAUCUGUUUUCUCAUGUAACAUUCAUUAUUGCAUCUCUUCAUUUGUAUCAGUCUGUAUUUAUCAUCUAAUCUAAAUCAUGUGAACAAUAAUCCAUCUAAUUAUUUUUAUUGAUAAAUUUACCCUUACAA